CAAUAAUGUGCUGACAGGUUUGUCUCGCGAUGCUGUUUCCGAAUAAAAAAAUUGUAGAAAAGAUCACCGUCAAAUAAAAAUUCACCGAAUUAUUGGCAAAUUGAAUGAGAUGUUUAGUAUAAAAGGCGGCUGAUUUAUUGAAUUAAGCAUCAAAUAGUUUUCAGCUUUAGUUCUAGUGACUUGAAGGGAAAGAAUAAUGAAUCCAACAAUUUUAACAUCAUUUGCAAUUCUAUUGCUCAUUUCAACAACAUCAGCGCAAUUCAAAUGGUCUGCAAAUCCUAACAACGCUGGUGGUCUCAACUUAGGCGGCAGCUACACCAAACAAAUUGGUCAACCAAAUCAUCACGCAUCUGGCACAGUUUUUGGCUCAGGUAACCUCAAUCCAGGCAACAACAUACGUCUUACUGAUAAAAACUACGGUGCUGGUAUAAAUUAUCAUAACAAUGGGCAUGGAUUAUCUUAUCAGCACUCACAGAAUAAACAUUCAAGCACUGAUGCAGCUCGUGGAACAGUAAAUUUAUUUGAUAAUGGAAGUAGCAAAGUGAACGCAAAUGUUUGGGGUGAACGUACACGAUUACACAAGAGACAAAUCAAUCGUGUCGAUCAGUAUGGAGGAAAUGUUGAAUGGCAACAUAGAAAUGGACACAGUGCAUCACUUGGAACUAACAAUAUUCCACAAUUCAAUAAACAAACAAUCGAUGCUAAUGCUAAUGUUAAUUUGUGGAAACAUAAGGAUGCAAGAUUAGAUGCGUAUGGAAGUGCUUCACAUAAUAUCGGACAGCAUCAGAGAGGACGUACUGAUUGGAAUACGGGAAUUAAGUUUGAGAAGAGAUUUUAAAGACUUUUUGAGGCUACUUAUAGAGAAAAUGUAGUAAAAUAUUUAUUGAACUUAUUUAUUGAAUAAAGCUAUUUAUUCCUUAAUUUUUGUGUUGACUAAAGUAUUGGUAUUGAUAAUAUUGAAUGCUGUAAUUUCCCGAAUGGCACAAGUCGGUUGAUCGAUCAAAAAUCCGGCUUCAAGCAAGUGUGACUCUGGCAUGGUGCUGGAUUUAAAUCGAUGCCAGGGUCAUGCAUGGAUUUCUGAUCGAUUCACCGACUUGUGCUAUUCGGGUUUUGCAAUCUAGUUCCAAUAGAUUAUUAUAUUCAGAACAUCUAAUGUCUACAUAUAACGCCUAUUCGGAAUCCAAAUUGGAAUCGGUGAACAAUAUCUUCUGCAAAGAUCAUCAAGUACAUUGUAUCCUCUUCUACUUGAUCC